AUGAAUUUAAAUUUUGAUACGCUCGAUAACUUCAUCAUGCAAGAGACAAAAAAUAGUGCAACAAGAAUGGGAGACUUAAAUCAUUUAUUGGGUAAAGUAAAACAUCAUAUUAGAAGGCAUUUCCAAUUGAAUAAGAAUUUUUAUGAAUGGUUUUUAAGUUUAGUGGAAAAUUCAGAAUGUUUGCGGCAUAAUUUGAACACGAACUUUAAAGAAAUGAAAAAAAACAUUAUGGAUUACACACUGAAUGACGAGGAAUUUUUGAAAAAAAAAAAAAAUGAAAAUUGUCUAAAACAGAAACUAAGUGCUGUCGAAGAGUUGAUACGAAGUUUGUCAUUGGUAGUUCGGCAAGUUGAUGAAAAUUGCAAAAAUCUGAAGGAGUUGUUUUUCUGCUUAUACAUGUCUAUAUUCGAGUUUCCUUUUGAUGGGGAACCGGAGGCGUGCUCUUUGACGUCUCAUGUUGUUCACUGUGGGAAAGACAUAAGCGAUGUAUCAGAUUCGUCAGAUUCGUCAGCUGCUUUGGAUCCUUUUUCUUUCUACACACGCGGAGAUGUGGACCCUACUGUUGCAGUGGACGUGAAGAGGAGAGAGUCGAGAAAUAAAAUGAUGACAGAGAGUACCAUAGUUUCAAGUUUAUUGUCACAGAACAAAAUAAAUGGACACGAAUUGGAAGUGGGAUUGACAAAAAAUACGUUCGUAUCUGAUUUUUAUACUAAUGGGGAAAUUAAUAAAAUGAUAAAGAGGUGCUUCACCUUAUCUCAUGAACCAUCGUUAUGUUUUCAUCCGUGGACAAAACAAGUAAAACUUUUUUUUUUAUUAACAGCUGUUAUAUUUUAUAUGGAGAAGGAUUUUAAAGUGAGAGUUCAAAUUUGUAAUUUGAUAUUAAGUGAAAUACAUAUAAAUUCUGUGAAUAUAAAAAAAUGCACCAUAAUACUUAACUAUAACCCAUAUUUAAAUAAUAUUAAAAGGAUAUUAAAUAUGUUUUAA